ACUUUCUCUCACUGUUAAGGUGCCUACUCAUGGACUUAGGGGAUCCAGGUACAUGAUUAUUUGAAGUUUCCAUCCCAUUUAAACAGUGGUUAAACAGUCUUUUGGCACGGCAGCCUUCAUUGCUCAAUUGUUUCAGUUUCGGAGUUGGGAAGUCAUAUUGAGGUUGCACAGGAUGUUGAUGAGACCUCUUCUGGAAUACAAUGUGCGGUUUCUGUCACACAAUUACAGGAGGCAUAUCAUGAAGCUGGCGAGCGUUAAGAAGAGGUUUACCAGGAUGUUGCCUGGUAUGGAAGCUUUGAUUUAUAAAGAAAGGUUGGAUAGACUUUGACUUUUCUUGCUGGUGCUUAGGAGGUUGAGAGGCGGCCUGUUAGAAGUUCAUAAAAUAAUGAGACAUGUAGAUAGUAUGAAUUGUGGUCGUCAUUUCCCAAGGAUGGGAGAUUUCAAGACUAGGGAAUGUUUUUAAGUUGGGAGGAGAUAAUUUAAUAAAAAAAAAUGCAAGGCAGAACUUUGCAGUGACUGUGAACAAAGCAAUGGCAAGUUCCAGCAGAGAAACAGGUGGCAAAGAAACAGGUGACAGCCAGGCAUGUGAGGGCUAAUGUGUUUCGUUUGCAAGUGACAUUCACCGCUUCACAAAGUGGAGAACGUUGAAGUACAGCAGCGACGGUGAUUAUUUUGCAGGAUAUUCACCUUGCAAAUGGUUUUUCCGCCAGUAUCCCUGAUUACAUCGCAAUCGACAGGAUGAAAGCUGCAGCAAGACGUGUGGAGCCAGUGGUGUAAUUGAUACGGCAUCUGAUUUUGAAUUGGAAGUUUGGAAUAUUGUAUCCUCUCUCACUCGAGUGAAGUUGACAGCUUUUCUACCCUUGCAAAUUGACAGACACUCCCGAAGAGGAAUGUCUGGCCAACGCUGUUUUUGUCAGGUUCCCAGCAGCUUAAGUGAAUGGAUUGCUGGGUUUUGGAAAUUGAAAAUUGAAAUUAAAAGGUAAAUGAGUAACUUGAGUGUGGGGCUACUUCAGCUCAUUGUAUAUUUCAUAUCCCACCUCAUGGCAACAGUACCCAUUGUCAGGAGAAACUGCAUGUGUUCCACACAAAGCUGCCUUUUGCUGGGAAACCUUGUGUACAGCAGGAGAAGCGGGUAGAACACUGUGUGUAUAAGACUGACACUGAGCCACACAUUAAACGGUAAAGAUAACAAGUAAAGUUGGAAACUUGCUCGCCCAGCUGGCUUGUUUUCGUUCAGACUUUUCGUCACCACGCAAGGUAACGUCAUGAGUGAGACUUCCGAAGAAGCGAUGUUGUUCUCCUCCACUUGAAAUUUAUCCUGCCCGGUCUGUUCUGGCAACUUCUGUCAUUUCGCAUUCUGUUCUGUAUGGGUUGUAUAUGGGGUCCAAUUCUUUAUGUUUGCCGACUGCAUUAUGGAUUGAGAACCAUGCCUCUAGGAAUUCCCAUGUGUGGCUAUGUUUGGAUUGCACUACUACGGUUAUGUUGUCCCAGUUAAACUGAUGGCCUUCAUUAUCCGGGUGUACUGAUAUUAGGGAAAGUUUGUCAUGUCAUUUUGCUGCCGGCUGAUGUUCAUGUACACUGACGGCUAGUUUCCUUCCUGUCUGUCUGAUAUAAUGUUUGUGGCAAUCGUUGCACAGUAUUUUGUAAACACUGUCAGUUCUGCAUGUCGUGGGUAUGGUGUCUUUAAUCCUUGAGAAUGUUUGUCGUAGCAUGGCUUUGGGCUUGUGUGCUACCGUAAUUCCUAGUGGUCAUAGGAGUUGUCAGUUCUGAUAUGUUCUUGAUGUGUGGCAGUGUGUCCAGUGUGUUCGGGCAUAAUGUGUCCUCUUCGUGUUGCUGUUUAGUCAGUACCUGUGGAUGAAAUUGCAGGGAUAGCCAUUCAAAGCGAAGAUUUUGUAUUGGUGUUCUUCCUCUUUCUGCAUAGUUCUGGGUCAUUGCAAUGAGUGGUGACCCAUUUAAAUAGUGUCCCAACACAGCUUAGUUUGUGUUCCACUGACCUGAGUUAGUUGCCAAAUUAAAAAUAUCCGAGCCCCUCAAGGCACUGACCCGAGUUGUGAUGUGCAAAGGACAACACACAAAGGAGGAUCCUUGUGUGAUUGAUCCAAUGUGAUCUGUAUGCCAGGGUAACAGUGAAGACUGGUCUUCAACACCCACAUUGAACCUGGCUCCACUUGGCCUCCAGUCACCUCUCACAAACUACCAUUGCCCUUCACUUUUCCUGACCUCCCCUCUAUUCUUGUUUUAAACUGAUUGCACUUCAGGCAGUUUCAGCUGGCAUUGCUGCUGUGGAACUGUAACAUGGAGUGAAUUGAUUUUGACUGAUCAAUGACAUAAUUCUGCUUCUCAAGAUCAGUCAAUAUUUCAGAUUUAUUACUUUAAAUGAUAACCAUGAACAGGCUACGACAGUGAAGGCACUGAAUCGUAAUCUCUGGACCAGCAGGAAAGAUCAGUUUAUGGCACUCAGGACACUGUCUGAUUCGGCCUUGCAUUCUCCCAACCUUCUGCACAUGAUGCCCCUCUGCUCUGUUGCGGUUUUGUUACGUCUUGAUAUAUAAUAGUCUCCAGUUAUCUAUUCUUUUGUUAUUUCCAAUACAUGAGACCCUCUUUCCAUGUCUUGUGCCUGGCUGCACAGCUCAGUGGUCAGAGCACUGUUCUCAGAAACAAGUGGUUGUGAGUUCGAGCCUGUGAUAGUGUUUGUGCAUCCCCUGCUUCAAAGGGCAAAAAGAGCCCUUUAAAAAUUAUCUGAAAUUAUAACAGUAUCAUUUCCUCCACAGACCAGAAAUAUGUGUGAAUUUCCACAUUGCUGUUUGUCCUUCCACUUGAGGAGGAGCAUUUGGAAUGGCAGGAAGCAGCUGGCAUCAGUGAUGUUUGGCUGGAAGUACAAGGUGAAGCAGGAAAACUGUAGGUGAGCAAUGGGGGAGGAGCACAAACCCAGGGCAUCCAUCAAAUACUUCCAUUUGUUGCUGUAAAUAGGUUCUAGUUUUGGAGUCUGGAGUGGGACAAUAGAGCCAAGUGAGUGAAGUUCUGCUUUCUGGGGGUUGCUCUCUCCGAAAGCCUCUGGCACUCUCGGUGGAAGGUGUCCUUGUUAGUUUCCUUCUGUGGGUGAAAAUGAGGUUCACUUCCCCGAGGGGGCAUGAGCACAGUCUUCACACCUCAAACUUCAGUUUUGCUUGUUGAUUCCUCAAAGUGUUGACCCAGAAACCCGCACAGCACACACUUCAUUGGGGAGACAAUGGCCUGAGGUUGUUAUCACUGGACAGUUAAUCCAGAGACCCAGAUAGUACUUUGGGGACUUGUGUUUGAAUCCAGUUGCAGCAGACGGCGGAAUUUGAAUUCAAUACAAACCUGGAAUUAAGCGUCUAAUGAUGAGCAUGAAUCUGUUGUCCUUUAAGGGAAGUAAAUUGGCAUUCUUGCUUACAUGUAACUCCUGACCCACAGCAAUGUGGUUGACUCUUAACUGCUCUCUGGACAUUUAGGAAUGUGUAAUAAAUGUUACCCUAGCCAGUGAUGCCCUCAUCCCGUGAAUGAAUUUAAAAAGUACGUCAGGAAUUCCUCCUGUAUGCAAUGAUAACUGAUUUGCUUUGCCCAAUCUUUAUGCAGACUGAAGUCACUGGACUCUUGAAGUCAGUGACCUUUUAUCAUAAUUAGAGCUCUCCCUUUCUGCUGGUGUCUUCAAUUUCCUUUUUAGUGCCUUCUGCUAAAAUUACCACACGAGUUAACUGGGGUGUAUAUACAUCGACCACUGUCAAUUUCUGUCCCUUGAUGUUUCUAAACUGUACCCAGACUCCAUUUCACCAGAACUAAUAUCCAUUGUCAUUACCAUAUUAAUUUUAUUCCGUAGCCAGUAAUGCUAACCUACCUCCUCCUUCUUGUCAGUCCUUCCAAGAAACUGAAUAUGCCUGGAGCCCAGCUUCAGACAUUGUAGAUAUUUUGGUUUCUGAUUUACCAAAACAUCCUGGAUUCUGGAAAAAUCUGAGUUCAGUAGAAAUUAGCAGUUGUAACACUGCUAUGUAAGAAAGAAGGAGGAGCAAAAAUAAGGAAUAAAGCCAGUUAACAUGAUUUCAAUCAGUUGGGAAAGUGCUUAAUAAUGUCUCUUCAUUAAGUAUGUUUCAGCAAUGCACUUAAAACAAAAAUCGUAUCAUCUGAUUAAAUCAACGUGGUCAAUCCAGAAGAAGACAUUCCAUGAUGGAGACAGGGCAGUUGCAGGUAAGUUCAAGGUCACCCUGGGGCCAGGCAUGUUUGACAAUUUCAUUCCUUUUUGAUAGUCAAACAAGUGAGGUCGCAAAGAGGAAACCAACAGCUGCAUAACACCUGGAUUCCCAAGAGGCAUUUUGUAGGGUGUCACACUGGUGGCUAAUAGAUAAGAGAAGGGCUCUGGAACUGAAGGUAAUGUAUGAGCAUGAAUAGAGAGUUGGUGAACAUGCAGGACAUAACAGGAAGUGUUGUUGUGACUGUGAUGAGAGGAGUGCAAAGGAUUCGAAGGUGAAUAUAAAGGUUAAAUUAACUUCAGGGAUGUUUUUAAGGGACUUUCAGGACAGAUGAGACCAUCCAUCCUCUUGACAGCUGACCAGCCAGUCUGGCCACCAAAUAAAUUAAUAGAUGUAUUGGUCACAUGUGGGCAGGCCUCCUGGUGCCUUCACCUCCAUGGGCAAUAUACCAGGAAGGCUGUUCAGGGAAGAUGGUGAAGAUGGGAAACUGCAUCCAUGACAUGAUGCCCACGUUUACAAACAAGCCCUCCCCACAUGACAACCGCGUACACGGAGAUGAAGUGGAAAACAGCAGGUUUGACGAUACUUCACCUUUCUCAUUCCUCAGACUCCAACCCACUUUGAUUCUGAAAGAUUUGACUGUUGUUUCCGGUCAGUCAGCUUGCCGAAGCAGUCAGAUUUCCGUCAUACUACUCAGAAUAAAAAUGGCAUCAGGAGAUGAGCUUCCAUCCCAUCUCACUGUCGAUACCCCCAACGUUCAAAUUCUUAACUCUGAGACCUCAAAAAGACUCGUCGAAAAUUUUGUAAUCGCUCUCAUGAACAAGGAGCGUUUCUACAUCCGCACAUUCUUUUCGACAUACAAAGCAUAUACCACUGCUGAAAGUGUGUUGUACAUCCUCCUGGACAAGUCUAAAACCUUUGACAGCCCAAACUCUGAGAAAGAUGAAGAACCAGGUUCACCAAAAGAGACAGCAACAAUUUCAAAUUCUGGAAAUGUUGACAGUGCAAAUGGUGAGGAAAAUGGAAGUUGUGUUUCUUCAGGAUCCAGCGAAAUAAUUGCUGAGUCUAAAACCUUUGACAGCCCAAACUCUGAGAAAGAUGAAGAACCAAGUUCACCAAAAGCGACUGCAGACAUUUCAAAUUCUGGAAAUGUUGACAGUGCAAAUGGUGAGGAAAGUGGAAGUUGUGUUUCUUCAGGAUCCAGCGAAAUAAUUGCUGACUGUGAAAGUGUUGAAUCCAAACACUGUCCGAAUUCUGAUGAAAUUCAGAAUUUAAGUUCACCGGAGAAGGGAGCGACAGUUAAGAAAAGCAUAGACUUCAACAGAUCAAGCUUUCUAGGAGAAUAUAAUUUCAGUCCUGCAGAAAAGGAAACACUAAUGAAAAUUGCUAUUCCUGAAAUUCUCGAAAUCUGGCUGGAGGAAUCUGCCGAAGACUUUCGUCAAGUUCCAACUUACUCUUGUCUCCGGAAGGUACUUUCCUACUUGAACCAAACAGUGCCAGGGUCAGAUGCUGAACACCGGGCCCAGAAACUCGUGAGUCGGUUUUUGGCGGAGGAAACAGCGGAGAAAGAGAUGUUCAAAGGCUACCGUAGAAGAGUCAGAUUCUAUGUGGGAGAAGAACACGACCAAACCAUCGAACAAGUUGACGAAAAGCUCCUGUCCUACCCAUCACGCUUCAUUGCAGAGCAGCUGACUUUUAUGGAUGCUGAUCUUUUUCGGAAACUUGUGCCCAGCCAAUGUUUAGGGUCCAUCUGGUCUCAACGAGGGAAGGAAGAAAAACAGCAUCUGGUAUCAACCGUCCAGGCCACCAUGACACAGUUCAAUAAUGUUACAAAAUGUGUCACCAGCACCAUAUUAAGACGUCAACAGUUGAAACCAUGGCAGACGGCUAAAAUCAUUGAGAAAUGGAUUGAUGUUGCCCAGGAAUGUAGGAUUUUGCAGAAUUUCUCGUCAGUGCAUGCUAUUACCACUGCAUUGCAAUCAAAUAGUGUGUUCAAUUUGAAGAAGACUUGGGCAGCCGUGUCAAAGAGCAGUAAGAUAACAUUUGAAGACCUUUCAAACAAUGAAGAAGAUAACUUUGUAGCAAGUAGAGAGCUGCUAAUGGAGGAUAUCGUUCAGGGAAUUGUGCCGUACCUGGGAACUUUCUUAACAGAAUUUUCAGCACUGGAUUCGGCUUUCCCGAAUUACCAUUCAAAUGGCUUGAUCAACUUUGACAAGAGACAAAAACUCCUCUGAACUCGAGAAACCGCCAAAGCCCAAAAAGAGUGUGUUUAAACGCCUCAGCUGCCUGUUUUCAAAGAGAGGUGUUAAAAUACACAACACUCAAACUAAAAGCUCUGAG